CGGUGCAGUGCUGGUGCUGUGGGGGAGAUCCUUCGUAUUAUCCGGUUGCAACGGUGGCGUCCGGAUGCCAGAUCUUUUCGUGAUGCCGCUGAGCGCCACCGUGGAGGCUAGCCUCCAACAAGCGGCCGCGCAACUGCCCGCGACGACACUCCGGAAGCUCUUCCAUGUCGCUGGCACGCAGAUUGGCAGCCAUGAUGCAGCUACUUUGGACCUCGGCGAUCUGCUGCCUCUACCGGCAAGCGCGGGCCAAGCCCGCGCGCUCAAAGAGGCGUAUGCCGCCACUUGCAUUCUUGUGGCAGACAUGGCCAAGCAGAACUUGUCCAAGGACAACAACAGUCGCUGGCUCCUCGAGCUUGGCUUCCAGAAGAACGUCGUCGAAGACAUUUGCGGCAUCCUGUCGGAGACGAUCCCGGUAGUGCAGUCCUUGGCGUCCGUUUCGGGCUUGCGAUUGGACCGCGUGGUAGACGUCUCGUGGCGGCUGGACUACUGCAUUCGGUCCAGCACCUUUGGCACGAUCCACGAGCCGUUGUACUUCGUCGUGCUGACGGUCCAAGAGGCGUUGACAGGCUCGUUGACGUACGAGCGAUUCACGUGCUCCGUAGCGCAGCUCGAAGAGCUCGUGUUCAAGCUUCAAGAAGCCAUGGAUCAGAUUGACAUGGUUCUUCGCGCACUCAAGGACGACAAUAAACUCUAAUCAUCGAUGCGUCGUGCAUGCCUUUGGCAUAUGCACA